AUGCGUGAGGAGUCCCUGAGGUUUAGUGACAUAGAUCCAUUGUCUCUUUUAGUGGCUGUAUUCGUGGUGGUAGGGUUACUGGGUGGAAUAGUUGAAGGGGUUGUGUUAUGCAAUACAGACGCGACGAAGCUGAGCUUGUGUCGUCCAGCAAUCACCGGCCAGCACCCGCCGCCGCCAACAAAGGCAUGUUGCGCAGUUGGCCGGCAUGCUAAUCUGGCGUGCCUUUGCAAGUACAAGUCUGUGCUUCUUGCACUUGGGAUUGACCCCAACAAGGCUAUCGCUUUGCCUGCUAAGUGUGGUGUCACCGCUCCUCCACAAUGCAAAGGGAAUUGA